AUGCCUCUCUUCCAUUCCAACGUUCAGCGCACUCCUUCCCCGCCGCCGGCGCAAGCCACCUCUCCCUCUCGUGGUCGCGGUGGCCUCUUUGGGCGCCGUGCUGACUCCCCAGAGCCCUACGACUCAAAUGGCAAUGCCUCCGUGCGUUCUGGCUCGACCCGAUCGGGAGGCGGCUUCUUCAGCCGCCGUCGGUCGAGCUCGUCGGACCCGAGUAUGCCCGACCUCAAGCACGACCCUUCCAUAGUCGCGGCACGCCAGAAGGUCACCGACGCAGAGGCUGCUGAGACCGCCGCUGAUCGCGCCUUGAACGAGGCCAGGGCUGCCGUCCGAGGCGCCAAGGAACAGGUCCGCAUGCUCGAGCAAGAGGCUUUGGAGGAAGCCCGCCGGGCCAGAGCCAAGCAGAAUGAAGCUAAGAGCAUCAGGAAGAGCACUGGUCGUCUCGGUCGCCACGGUUGA